AUGGGGUGCGGGUUGAACAAGCUGGAGAAGCGUGACGACCGACGGCCCGGGAACAUCUACUCGACGUUGAAGAGGCCCCAGGUGGAGACCAAGACAGAUGUGUCCUACGAGUACCGCUUCCUGGAAUUCACCACGCUGAGUGCCGCUGAGCUCCCGAGGGCCUCCGCCGUGAGGCUGGCCUCCCUCCUCGACCUGCCCGCCCAGCUGCUGGAGCUGUACCAGCAGGGCUUCUCGCUAGCGGCCCUGCACCCCUUCGUGCAGCCGACCCCCGAGAGGGAGAAGACGCCCCUCGAGCACAUCUUCAGGGCCAUCUUGAUCAAGAAGACCGACAGAUCUCAGAAUGCUGAUCUUCACAAUGAAGGCUACAUCUUGGAAUUAGAUUGCUGUUCUUCCCUAGACCACCUGACAGACCAGAAAAUCCUCCCAGAGUUCAUUAAGAAGAUCCAGGAGGCUGCGAGUCGUGGCCUGAAGUUCGUCGGGGUCGUGCCUCAGUACCGCUGCCCUGGGAGCCCGGCGGACGGCUGCGCCCCAGCAGAUGCCCAGGACGCGACACAGAAGCCUGGCGGUCGUGGGGCUGCGGAGGAGCUGGGGGCUGCAGACGCUGCAGCGGGGACAGACGGAAGCCCGGAGCCUGGCCAGGACCCCCGAGGGGAGACGCCCGCCGCCCAGCAGCCCAGCUUGCUCCCAGGAGAGGGGGACGGUGCAGAGUCUCCUGCUCGAGGGACUCGGGAGGGACCAGAUGCUGAUCUGCCGUCGGAAGGGCCUGGAGAGCCGCCCGCGGCCAGAAUGGAGAUCUUCGCCCUUUUCAACAAACCGAAGAGCCAUCAGAAGUGCCGGCAGUACUACCCCGUCAGCAUUCCUCUCCGGGUCUCCAAGAACGGCCCGACGGUCAGCGGUCUGGAUGCCAACUGGCUGGAGCACAUGAGCGACCACUUCCGGAAGGGCGGCGUCCUGGUGAACGCGGUCUCCUGGCUUGGCUUGGUCCAUGAUUCCUUGCACGACUUGACAGAUGGAGUCUUCAUCUUUGAAGCUGUUUCCACCGAAGACAGCAGAAACACGCAGGGCUACGAUGCUAUUGUAGUCGAACAAUGGACGGUUCUGGACGGUGCGGAGGUGCAGACGGACUAUGUGCCCCUGCUGAACUCACUGGCCGCCUACGGCUGGCAGCUCACCUGUGUGCUGCCGACUCCCGUUGUCAGGACGACCAGGGAGGGGACCGUGUCCACCAAGCAGGUCGUCUUUCUCCAGAGGCCUUGUCUACCUCAGAAGGUCAAGAAGAAGGAAUCGAAGUUUCAGUGGCGAUUCUCCCGAGACGAGAUGCGUAACAGGCAGACGAGGAAAUCCAGAGGGAAGCUCCGUGCCAGGGGCAAGCGGCAAGCUGAAGAAAGCGAGAAGAACCCAGAAGAGCAGCUUCCCAGAGCGGGAGACGCGGGGAGCCGUGCGCCCGGGCGGGAGGACUGGGCCUCCGCGGAAGGGGCGGCCCCCGGCUGGGCGGAGGGCCCCGCGGAGAAGCCGUGUCCGGACGGACGGUCGUGUGUAGAGGGCGAGGCUAUGCAGAACGGCCCCGCGGGCCCCAGCCCGGCCCCGGUGGGGGGCAGCGCGGGGCGCCCCCGCUCCGAGCCUGGAGAGGAUGCUGAGCCUGGAGAGGAUGCCUGCGCGGGGGUUUCCGCGCGGGUGGCUCCGGGGCCCGCGGCAGCCGAGCGCCCCUGA